AGGAAGCACCGUGUUGGGAAUAUUUGCUAAUCGUGUUUGCCCACAUGUUUCAUUUCCUAAUAUACGGUGUCCUUUUACACCACAGAUGUUUUGAGGCACUGGCCGUGGGAGCCUGAGCGCGUUUGGAGAUGGCGCUGUGCGCAGAGUGAGCAGCCCGAAGUUCCGCACAGCGCAGACUGAAAGUUGGCUCAUAACAAGCGCACACCUCGAACACGGACUGGAUUUUCUCUUUGGAUUACACGCGGAAUUUCACUGCAACAUGCACACACCGGACUCGGCGUGACACAGGACGUGUGUGUCUGAGUGUGAGUGUGUGAGUGUGUGUGCUGGGGUUUUGUCGGAGGACUCUCAUGUAAAGGAGUGAACUUUGCUGAAGUUUUCUUUGCUGAGUUUUUUUUUUUUUUUUUUUAUGCGAGUUGUUUUUGGAUCGCAGUGACUUUGUGAUACGGAUGUUUUCCCCAAGCGGAGAAUGAACGACGAGGUCGGCGAUAAGGACGCGGUUGCUGUGCCGCGGAAGCACCGACUCAUGUCCGCGGUCCACGGAGGUGCAUCUCCCGGGCUCGCGUGCAGACCGGGUCGCGUGCCGAACGGCGUCUCGUUGGUGCACUGCUUCAUAUGCGGCAGCGGAGUGACGCCGGGCAAGGAGCUGCAGCUGCAGGUUAAGUUCCGGCACGGGAGCACGCCUUUCUUUCCGUUCUUGCAAGGCCAGGAGCCGGCACCGGGCGCCGCGGAGGUCGGCGCCGACGGGCACGCGCUCGUGUGCGCCGUGUGCCACUGCUUCCUGCGCGAGCAGUGGAACGCGUUCGAGCGCAGCCGCACGCCGCUCGACAAACGCGUGUACUGGCUCAAGAGACCGCACCAGUGCGACGCGCGCCGCGCGCCCCGGGACUGGAACGCGGCGCGAGACGCGGACGCCAGACCGUCCGUGAGCGGUCAGAACGGUGACGGCGACGGCGACGAGUCGGAUUUCUCGUCGUUCUCGGAUAACGAGCAAGCCUCGGAUCAAGACUCGGAUGCCGCAGACAGGGGAGGAGGAGUAGAGGAGAAAGGGAAGUGCCUCAAAGUUCCCGCUGCCGGUAGAGCGUGCAGGGACGGCGCCGGGAUUAAGAGCAGUUCCGAGUCACAAAGCGCUGCGCGUUACCGGGUCGGUGUUUACAACACUCAGGACGCUGAGAGGUCUGAGAGCGCGCUGCUGUCUGGCUCUGUGAUGAUGAAUCACGUGUCGCAGACGACGUUGGCAUUGGCACGGCUCCACGGGAACCUGGCACGGCGUGAUUGUGAGAGCCCUUCCGGUGACACACCCACCCAGGACGGAGGGAUUGUAAUGCGGGACAGACGAAGCGGCUGGAACUCCAGGCUGCAGCAGCUGCUCUUCGGCCCUGGUGAGGAUAUUGCACACGCACAUGCCAAAGAAGCCGGGCUUAACCAGUUGUGUGACUCGGAAGCAUCUGAUGGCAACGAGAUUAAUGUAACAAGUGAUGAAGAUAAGGAGGAUGAGAGGAAAAGACAGCAAGUUGGAUACCAGGUUAUGGGCAGACACGUGUGCUACAUCUGUGGCAGUGGACUUCUACCGGGCAUUCGCUUCGAAGUGUGUGUACAAAAGCAGGAGAGAGCUGCCACUGAGCCUUUCUUCCCCUUCCUGUGGCUGCACACACCUCCGCCAGACGCACUGCCGAUAAGCCCAGGAGGCCGCACGCUAGUGUGUGCCAGCUGCCACGCGUCACUUAUGCAGCAGUGGCAGGGCUUUGAGCUGGCGGAUGUACCUGUCCUGCAGCGUCUUUAUGUAGUGCCAGUUAACGUAGGUGCCACAACGUCGCCCGAUAUGGAUGGCAUCGGGUCUUUACCCAAAAUUCGCCCUCUCUCUUCUAUACAUCCUCCCAGGGAGGCCUGCUAUUUAUGCGGGCAGGACUGUGCCCAAGACAUCAGGGUGGCAUAUUCCCGCGCAGGGGUAGGAAAAGCCCGUGGUGCCAUGUACUUUCCAUUUAUCAACCUGCUUCCAUGCCCACCCAACGCCCAAAGCAUGCGAGAUGGCCAAGUACAUUGCUGCGCCACCUGUUACACCAUCUUAGAGGACAUCUGGGCGGCCUACCAUCUCUGCCUUAGUGAGGAGCUUAUCACUUCCGUCAGCACCUUCCUUGGGAGAUAUCACCAGACCACUACUGCAGGUGGAGUCUCAAGCAGCCUUGUCAGAGCACAGGAGAGCAUUUCUGCGUCCCUUCACCACACCUCCGUGUGCUACCUGUGCGGGGCGGAGCUCUCUGCAGGCACAGAGUACCAGCUUCAUGUGAAUCCUCCUGGACGAUGCGGAGAGAAAGAGCCCUUCUUCCCUUUCCUCACCGUGCAUACACCGGCCCCUCGCGCCCGCCCUGCGGAUGCCACCGGCCUGGUGGCUGCUUGCUCCCUGUGCUAUCAUGACCUGCUGGCUCAGUGGGCGCAGCACGAGGCUGCAGGAUCAGGGCCCUCUAGCAGCCCCUGGUCACGUCAAUACAGCUGCGAAUCUUUUGUCUGCUUUUUCUGCAGGCAGGAGAAGAGGAGGGCGCUGGGUUUGAGGGCAGUCACCGUCGCUCGGCUGCCCGUCUUCCUCUAUGCCCCACGCGUUAGCCACACUCUUGUGGUGGAUGAUGGGAAACAACUUACAAUUGGCUCGUGUGUGGAAUGUAAAUCCAUGGUGUUGGCUGGACAGAACAUGCAGCAGGAUGGCACGCUGGACCGUGGAAGACCAGCAGGGACUAAGCAGAAGAGCUCCACAGUGGAAGAAUCGGCCGGGAGCAGUAAAGAGGACGCUCGACAACCGAGUGCACCGGUGAGGGAGGUUUCCAAGCAUGUUCAUGCUCCAUCUGGGGAAUCUAGUAUCACCUUCACAAGAUCUCAUCUCUCAAGUGAGGACAGAGAUCGAUCACCUUCUAGCAUGAGCCAUGAGCCGAAGUCGCCCUCACUAGGCAUGAUCUCCACGGCGACGCGCACCACGGCGACGGUCAGCCCGCUCACGCCGUCGCCCCUCAACGGCUCCAUCGUAGCCAAUGGCAGCCCGGCUGCUCAGUCUACUCACUCUGGAUUCGCCGCUGCCCUCCGCAAGCUGGCCAAGCAAGCCGAGGAGCCUCGAGCAGGUUCCUCCAUCAGUAGCGAGUCCUCCCCUGUCUCAUCUCCAGCCACAAACCAGAGCUCUCCAGUGAGCACGCCCAAGCGCGGUCCCCUCGGCCCGGUCAUAGUGCCCCCUGGAGGCCACAGUGUGCCCAGCACCCCACCGGUGGUCACCAUCGCCCCUACCAAAACAGUCAACGGCCUGUGGAGGAGCGAGAGCCGCCCUGUACGAGAGUCAGAGUCGGGCCCUCGUGGUGUCACUAGAGAGCGUUUGGCGCCUGAGGCUCAGGAAAAGGGCGGCCCCUCUGUUCCUGCUCACCUCAUAGGAAAUCCGUACGCAUUUGGCCUGACGUCUGGGUCUGUGAUGCAGGAUUCACGCUUUCAGCCCCUGAACAGCCUGCCAAGGCAGAUUCCCCAUGGCGUGCCCCCCGCCGGAGUACCAGAGGAGUACCUGCGUGGUUUCCGUCCCUACGCCACAGCCGAGGACCUGCGCAUGCCCUCACUGCCCCUCGGCCUGGACCCGGCCACUGCUGCAGCCGCUGCCGCUAACUAUUAUCACCCCAGCUACCUGGUCCACCCCUCGUUCUCCCCUUACAGGAUGGAUGAUCCUUUCUUGUCGGCACUGAGGUCUCCGUUUUAUCCUAUACCUGCAGGGGGCGCUCUGCCCCCACUGCACCCUUCUGCUGUGCCCAUGCACCUCUCAGGGGUGCGUUACCCUGGCGACCUCAGCCAUGCCUCGCUGUCCAGUCUGCAGUCUGAGAGGCUCCAGAUGGAGGAUGAGCUUCGUCAGAGGGAGCGGGAGCGAGAGAGAGAGCGUGAGCGGGAAAAGGAGCGGGAGCGCGAGGCAGAGCGAGAGAAAGAGCGAGAAAGAGAGAGGGAGCGAGAAAGAGAGAGAGAAAAGGAGCUUGAGAGAGAGCGAGAGAGGGAGAGAGAAAGAGAAAGGGAGCGUGAGAGAGAGAAAGAAAGAGAGCGAGAGAGGGAGAGAGAGAGAGAGCUGGAGAGACAGAAGGAGAGAGCAGCACGAGAGAAGGAGCUACAGGUGUCCAAGGCCAUGGAGGGUCACUACCUGGCUGAGCUCCACGCUCGGAGAGGCCAGGCUGAGGAACGAGCGAAGGCCGCCGAGAGGCUCACUCCCAACAGAGCAGAUAAAACCAAAGAGCCUGCCCUCCCUGCUCCUAAACCAAUCCAGGCAGGCCUGCACCCUUCACUAAGCUCCUCCCACCACCCGGUGCCCACCUUGCUUUCCGCACACGGCAUGUACCUCGGACCAGGAGGGACGGGACCCGGGGCUCUGACGCCUGCCAUGAUUCUCCAGCGCAACAACGAGGAGGAGCGGUGGCUGGCUCGGCAGAGGAAAUUACGGCAAGAGAAAGAGGACAGACAGUACCAAGUGUCCGAGUUUCGCCAGCAGGUUCUGGAGCAACAUCUAGACAUCAACCGGCCAGGAGAGGCGCCUGAGCUACGGAACGAGGGGCCGAGGCCCAUCCAAAACCACCAUGAGGCCGGCAGCAGAGAGCGUGACCGAGAACGGGAUAUCCACCCCCACCUCGGCGCUCCUCCACCUCUUAUCUCCCCCAAACCCCAGCCCAGAGACCACGCCCCUGCACCACCCACCACCCUCUGGAACCCCGCCUCACUCAUUGAGACCUCCUCUGACUCACGGCGGCCUCUCCACGAGCCGCAUUCAGGUCCCUACGACAUCAGCCGACUCGCUCCACCUCUGCCCAAAACCGAGCGCCAUUUCAGCUCGGAAAAGCCCAAAGAGGGACACGAGAAGUUCCCGCUCAUCCGACCGACAGGGUUCUCCGAGCCCCGCCCUUUUCUGGCCGAGCUAGAGAAAUCCACACAGUCCUUUUUAAACCAGCAGAGGGCGACGCUGAGCCUGAGCACACAAUACGGGGAGCUGAGUGGUACUCUGAAGAACAGUGCAGUCCAUAAGAGCCUACAGGGCCUACCACCGAUGAGGCCAGGAAGCGAUACCACGCUUGUGUACGAUGAAUAUCUGCAGCUGCAUCGACGGCCGAUUAGCAAACUGGACCUGGAGGAGAGGAGGAGGAGGGAAGCAAGAGAGAAAGGAUAUUACUACGAGCUGGAUGACUCGUAUGACGAGAGCGAUGAAGAGGAGGUGAGAGCUCAUCUCCGGAGAGUGGCCGAGCAGCCGCCACUCAAACUGGACGACUCCACUGAGAAGUUGGAGUUUCUGCGGCUGUUUGGUUUGACCACUGUGUCUCAGCGAGAAGAGCUGUUGGAGCAUAAGAGGAGGAAGAGGAGGAGGAUGCUCCGGGAACGAAGCCCCUCGCCUCCGGCUGUGGCCAGCAAGCGCCUGCCUCCUCCACUUAGCACCCGCUUUACUCCUGAGGAGAUGGACAACAGCCCAGAGCUGGAGGCCAAGAAACGCUUCCUCACCAUGUUCAGCCUCAAUCACCUGAGCACGCAGCAGAGGAAAGACCGUCGCAGCUCUCCCAUCUCAGACGAGGCUCUGAAGUGUGUUUCCUUUAUUUCUGCAUUUCCGACAGAGAAUGAGAGAGUGGUGGAGCUGCUGCACGCCAUUAAACAGAAAAGUGUGACUCUAGACACCAUCAGGCAUAAUCCUUUCCCGCUGUGCAAGAGCCCGCUGCUCCAUCAGUCUGAUUCAUCCUCAUCCCAGUCUCCAGGCCGGUCAGGUGAGUUAGUCAGUGCCAGACCCCCGAGUCCUCCACCUCCGUCCACUGGACCUCCAGCUGAGCCUUCCUCCGCUCCACCUCUCGAGCACCUCAGACCUGUCACUGAACCGCUCAGACCAAAGGACACUCCCCUUCCCCUGUCAUACGCUGAUAAAAACCGAGGCAGUGACGUAAUCCUCAGCAAAAAGCCCUCGAGCCUGCUGAACAGCGUGCGUCCUCCUGCGCACCCUAAAGAUGGCGCAGGCAGCCUGAACGGCCGGAGCAAGACGUGGGAGAGCUUUACGGCCGAGGAGUUCGCCCAGCAGUUCCACGAGUCGGUGCUGCAGUCCACUCAGAAAGCACUGCAGAAGCAUAAAGGUGGCGCCUCGGCCAUCUCUGAGCCCAACCACACUAUGGACUCCACGGUGCACUACAACAUCCCGGAGCUGCAGAGCGGCGCGGGCCGCAGCACACACCCUCACACACACCCUGCACUCCAGCCCAACGGUCUGCACUGCCCACCUGCAGUCCGGCGAGACGGGCCGCCACGCCCCGAACUCUCCACCGAGGAAGACUCAGAUGAAGGGGAUGAGGAAGAGGAGGAAGAGGAAGAGGCUCUGGGACACAGGUGGAAUGGGAUCGAGUCCAUCUUCGAAGCGUAUCAGGAAUAUGUUGAAGAGCAAAAUAUCGAGCGUGAGGUGCUGCACAGUCAGUGCAGGAAGCUUGAAGCCCAACACUACAACCUCAGCCUGACUGCUGAACAGGUCUCUCACUCCAUGGGGGAGUUGAUGGCUCAGAAGCAGAAGCUGGCGGCUGAGAGGGAGAAGCUGCAGGCCGAGCUGGAGCACUUCAGGAAGUGUCUGACCGUGCCACAUACGGCCUGGAGCAGGGCUCACUUCAAGGGAUAUCCUCCCAGGUGACAUCCCCCUGAAUCACCUGAGCUUCAUCCACCCCCCCUCCUUUUCCCUCUAUUCUAACGCCCAGACUCCAGCCCCCUCUGGUCCUCCACAACAGAAAGAGGGCGGAGGUUUGGAGAGAUGGUGCACUGUGAGCACACUGAGAAGGACUGAUGUUUAAACGCCAAGCCCACAAUCUGACAUUAAAUGUGCCAUCGAGGUGUAGGACAGGUGCCACGCCCACUACCAACCAACCCUCAUGGAUCUCGCAGGAACGCUCGGUCCAUAACACACACACCCACACAGGUACACACAGCGGUCCACGCCUCACUAGGACGGAUCAUGUAGACAAACUGAAUGGUCAUGUGACUCCCCAAAAUAUAUAUAUCGUCGUGGCAACUGCACCAUCUCACCUGGAGAUCUGAGGAGCUUUCAACUGGAAAUGCACUUAAGAGAAAACCCAGAACUACCUGGAGGUACUGUGUUAUAACAAGGAACUCCUUUCAAAAUUAGGGAAGAACUUCAAAAAUAAAAUGCACAUUUUUGUUGUGGGGGAAAAAAAACUAAAAAUGUUAAGGAAAGUUUUAUUCAAGAAAAAAUUUUUAAAGAGGUGCUUCAGCCUUGUAUUGUAAAUAUCGAAACAAAAUGGAAAGGAAUUUUUGUAUGUUUUUAUUACUUACGUUAAUUGUUCUUUGAAGAAGAAGAAGAAAAAAAGAAGCCUGCCAUUUUUAAAAAAAAAUUAUGCACAUGCUUUUUAGGGCGUUAAGCUGGAGCCUUGCUUUUAGUGUUUGUAUUGCUGCUGGUCAGGAUAAAGGACGGAGGAAGAGCUCGGUGCACACCUCCGGUGUACGUGUGUGUGUGAGAGUGUGUGAGUGUGUGUGUGGCCUACCACAGUAGCAUCCGUCCCCAAAGGCAGCGCCAGGUCGAAAGAAGAGCAGAACGUCACCACUCUCCCACUCCCUGCACUCUGGACUACUAUCGUAGGCUCAUGACCAUUUAAUUUUUUUAUUAUAAUGUUUUUUUUUUUUUUUACAUUUUAUGGUGAACCAGCACGCAUUCUCUGCAUUCAGCCCCUUUUUUGUGUCUUAGAGUUCGUGUAACGGACAUUUAAUCAGUGAGUACUGUGCCAAAGGUACCCACAGAACCACAAAUCCAAAUCAUGCCAUUAGAAACGCAAGAGCUGACGGCCAAAAAGGCUAUUUCAUAUCAAUGCUAAGCUAACUGUUUUCACACAGAGUGUCAAAUGUUGCAAGAUUCGCUCUAAUAUCGUUAAUUAGCAUCAAAUAUAAUCAUAUUAAUCACAGGAUGUUUAAGCGCAGUGCCUGUGUGUCCUCAGGUUAAAAUUACUUUAAAAACACACACACACACACACACACAAUAAAAUGUAGCCUAUAAUCUGUGUAAACCACAAAUUAUGUUCUACCCUAAGUAGUGAGCAUAUACAGUGAACAAGACGCCAUUUUGGAUUUGGACGUACGUGGCUCCUGACUGAGCCAAAUAUCAAAGGGCCUACAAAAGGGUUCGGACUUGUUUUAUGUUCAGUUUAAACUCAUUAACUAUAACCAAUGAUUUGAAAAAUGAAUUGUUUAAUAUGUUUUGUAACACUAGAGAACCCACUAAAAUGACCAAGGAACAUCUCUACACCUUUACUCCUAAUUAAUAACGCCAGGAUCUAUGAAUAUGCAUGAUAUGCAAAUGAGAAACACCCCCACAUCCUCCUGCCAUCCCUAAUAGCUAGCUGGCUAGAUAAUUAAUAUAAAAAUAUAGCUAAUAUUACAUCCUCAUCCUUUAAUAACUCGCAUAUUGAACGUGAUUGGUGCAAAGCUAUGGAUCUGAUAGUGACAUCACAAACAUAGCUCCGCCCAUAGAUUAGUUUUAUACAGACAUUUUUAUAUAGACAAAUUUGAAUGAAACACUGAUCUAUAUAAGGAUAAAAUGUUACUCAGAUUUUUUACGGAUCUGCGUUUAUGCUUUUAGGUAUCCUCGACCCAAAGAAUCAUAAUCAGCUCGCUCAAGUGAUUCAUCCGAUUCAAAAACAUUGUGAUUCUUUAUCCUAAAUGCUAGCUUAUUAAUGCUAGCCUGUUUUAUCUCCUAAUCUACCAGUUCUGCCAUGUUACUCGGCGUCUCCGUUUACAUUCUCGUCCUGUCAGCAGUAGGCCAAAGCAGCAGCCGCGAUUAGCAAAGGCUCACAAAUAGCAGGCUUUACAUUUUUCCACAACGUUAAUAAUCGGGUUGUUCAGCUCAUCACAGGUUCAUGUUAUUAGCGCUCAGGCUCACAGGAUGGACCGCUUCUGGAGGCGGUUCCAUGUUUACAGACCCGAGGCUGGCCCUAAAGCGCAUCCAUCAUGUGCACGUGUGUAUGUGUGUGUGUGUGCGCGUGUAUGUGUGCUUGAGCGAGCACUACCACUGCCUGUCCAGGAGCAGGGACACGCCCUCUCUCUCUCUCUCUCUCUCUCUCUGUCUGUCUCUCAGUGUCUCUCGCCCAACUAGCGCACGCACAUGCAGUAGCCGCCCCCCCCAAACCCAAUGGAGGAUGUCUAGAUGCUGUGAAAUCAUGUUUUUAAGGAAAAAAAUGUACUUGUUUGAAUUCAAUGUAAUGUAAUAUAUUCUUUGUUGAAUGUAGUAAUUAGGUAUUUAUGAAUAUAUUGCUGUAAUUUCAGACAAAAAAUAAAAUGCUUCAGAACUGAACUUCGA